AUGCCGUCGCUGGUGAACACCCACCACACUCACCUGGUCCCUCCGCAAAUAAUCCUGCCAGAGAUGGACAGCGAUGAGCAGGAGGACUCCGACAGCAGGAAAGGAUGCUGUCCACCUGGUCCCAGGGCCCUGUUUAAUAUGAACAACAGCAACAAUAACGAGGAAGAAGAAAAGAGAAAGAAUAAAAAAGAGAAGAAAGAGAAGAAGGAGAAGAAGGAGAAAAAAAAGGAGAAGAAAGAAAAAAAGAAAGACAAAGAGAAGGAAAAAGAGGAACGGGAGAAAGAAAAGGAGAAGGAGAAAGAAAAGGAGAAGGAGAAAGAAAAAAAGGAUGAGCCCAAGGAAGUGUUUGUCAUCAACCCAGGAGACAACAUCUACUACCAGUGGCUGUUCGUCAUCACCAUCCCGGUCAUGUACAACUGGACCGUCAUCAUCGCCAGAGCCUGCUUUGAAGAAUUGCAACACAAGUACCUGGUCAUGUGGUUCUUCCUGGACUACAUAUCAGACAUCAUUUACCUGGGCGACAUGAUGUUCAGGUCAAGGACAGGCUUCCUGGAGCAAGGCUUGCUGGUCAAAGAUGAGAAGAAGCUCAGGGAGAAAUACGUCCAAAGUUUUCAGUUCAGAUUAGACGCCGUGUCCAUGUUGCCCACUGACAUCUUAUACUUCCUUCUGGGUCUCGACUACCCGGAAAUCCGCAUCAACAAGCUACUUCGUGUAAACCGAAUGUUUGAGUUCUUCCAACAGUCCGAGACCAAGACUGCCUACCCCAACAUCUUCCGCAUUUCCACCCUCGUCAUGUACAUCGUGAUCAUCUGCCACUGGAAUGCGUGUCUCUUCUACUCGUUCUCAAAGUCCAUUGGGUUUGGAUCGGACACCUGGGUGUACCCAGACAUCACAGUGCCAGAGUAUGGAGAACUGCUCAGGAAGUACUCUUAUAGCCUCUACUGGUCCACCAUGACUUUGACCACCAUCGGUGAAACUCCUCCCCCAAUCCUGGACUCAGAAUUUCUCUUUGUGGUAGUUGACUUCUUGGUGGGCGUCUUGAUCUUCGCCACCAUUGUCGGUAACGUGGGUUCCAUGAUCAUGAACAUGAACGCUGCCAGGGCAGAGUUUCAACACAGGGUGGAUUGCAUCAAGCAGUACAUGCACGUCCGGAAGGUCAGCAAGGACCUGGAGGACAGGGUCAUCAAGUGGUUUGACUACCUUUGGAACAACAAGAAGGCAGCCGACGAGAAGCACGUGCUGAGGUACCUUCCUGACAAGUUGAAGGCCGAGAUUGCGAUCAAUGUCCACUUGGACACGCUGAAGAAGGUGCGCAUCUUCCAGGACUGCGAGGCAGGUUUGCUCAUUGAGCUGGUGCUCAAGCUCAGGCCACAGGUCUUUAGCCCCGGGGACUACAUCUGCCGCAAGGGUGACAUUGGGAGGGAGAUGUACAUCAUCAAGGAUGGGAAGCUGGCGGUGGUUGCUGAUGACGGCAUCACCCAGUUUGUGGUCCUCAGCGAUGGAAGCUACUUUGGUGAGAUCAGCAUCCUCAACAUCAAGGGUAGCAAGGCAGGCAACCGCCGCACAGCCAACAUUCGCAGCAUCGGCUACUCCGACCUCUACUGUCUCUCCAAGGACGACCUGAUGGAGGCGCUCACCGAGUACCCGGAGGCCAAGGGCAUGCUGGAGGAAAAGGGAAGGCAGAUCCUUAUGAAAGAUGGCUUGAUUGACAUGGACCCAUCUAAGCUGAUGCCCGAUGCCAAGGACAUGGAGGACAAGGUGAACCGGAUGUAUGCCACCUUGGAGCUCAUGCAGACCAAGUUGAAGCGCCUGAUGGGCCAAUAUGAUUCCACGUACCAGACGAUGCGGGACCGUGUCCGUCUCAUGGAAAAGUACGCUGGAGAGACGUGGGAGGAGGACUCUGAGGAAGAGGAGAAGAAAGAAGGGAUGGAAGAAGGAGAGAAGGCUGAAGAGAAGAAGGAAGGAGACGAUGGAGGGGAGAAGGAGGAAGAGAAG